AAAUGACAAUCAGCAGCAGCCAUCAGCUGAUUCUCUUUAUAACCUGAAAUUCACGUUGCGUACAAAAACAAAUGUAAAAUCAGUAUAAAUUUAAAUUAAUAUAUUUUGAUAUUAUUGUACACGAUUGCUUUUUCUAUUAUUGAUAUUAACUAUCAGCAAUUUCCAAAAAAUGCGAUACCUAUCCCAGAUUUUUCAAACAGUGCAUACAAUACCAAAGGACGCUAUUAUUAAAAACACCGAAAUAACAUGUAAAAGCCAGAAGGAUAAGGGUGACAAACGAGCACACAGUCCACCUGAUGGUAAGUGGUUGCUGCGGCCCAUAGACAUCUACAUCUAUCCUCGUUUGCGAAUCAAAAUGCAGAUGCGUUGUCACCCGUGAGGACUAAGAUGGAAUGCCUCAUUUCCAGUAAAAAGGGCCUCCGGCCACCUGCACUCACCAAGCGAAACGCAGAGGUAAACCUCUACUUCACGCUGGUAUUCUGUGAGGUCGUGGUACCACCCCGGUUCGAGCCGGCCCAUCCGUGCGACAGCAAAAGCUGCCGCGUGGCUCUACCACUGUGAAAAUCCAUUUUAAUCUUUGAAAGUAAAAAAUGGAUAAAAGGGAAUUUUAUCUAAGUUCCUAUUAAUUCCUAAAGGAUUAUUAGAACUAUACAUUAUUAAAUUAAAAUCUAUAAUAAAAACAAUUUUUGGUAAUAUAAUUGAAGCUACAUAAUCUUACUUCACAAGAAAUUGUGCAACAGCUUGUAACCCUAUUGGAUAAAUCAAUUAAUGAUCCAUUAAUAAUUUUAAUUAAUGGAUAAGUUUUUCGUAAUGGUAAAAAUUUAUUUAUCAUUAGUAUUAAAUUAUUAAUUAAUUUGAUAGUCUGCAAUUGAUUUGUGGCUAUUAUAAUAAAUAUCUAUCUGGCAAUCUAUACGGGAGGCCUAUAUUUAGCAGUGGACUUUUAAUAGGCCGUAUUCAAUGAAUGAAUAAAUUAUAAAAGAUUAUAAAUAUUGACAUGUUAGUAUAAUACCAUAAUUUGUUUGAGUAGCUCUAUAGAGCGGUUUUCUAAACUAGACUAGCUGCAAAAGUUAAACAAUUAUUUUCAAAUAACAUCCGGUAUAACUGUGCAGUGACGGUGUAAGAAUAUCCAUUACCCCAUAUCAUUCUGUGGAUGUCGUAAGAGACGACAGAGGGACGUCUUCCUAAUAACGAAAAUAAAAACUGCAGUUCCCAAUCUGCUUACCAGGCGUGGGAACUCUGGCAAAUAUCAUCCCUAUGAGACAAUUUAUGACAGUCUACAUUUUUCAGUGGACUUUAAUAGGCUGUAACACAAAUGGUAACAUACAAUAUAAUAUAAACUCUUAUGCCACUUACCCGGAGGGGUAGACAGGCACUACAGACUUUUAAUUGGCACAAUCCUUUUUUUUGUUACUUUCCUAAUACACAUCUCUCUCUGCUUUCUCAUAUUUAUCUAUGCAUACAUUAAUGCCCGGUUUCUGAGGUACUUUUAUCGGCAGUUUAUCUAUUCGUUAGCGUUAUUGGUUCGAUAACUUGUGAAAGUGCGUUUCCGAACAUCACAAUGUAAGAUAAACUCCGUUUAAGCUAAGUUUAAUUUAACUGACCAAUAUGUGCCAUUUAUCGGUUCUAUAACUUUAUUUGACGUUUAAUUUCAAGCAAACUACAUCAACUUUUAGGUUAUAACGUGUUAUUAUUAAAAUAAAUUGCCAGUGGGUGCUAAAUACUAAAAUUUAAGGGAUAAAAUAAUUAAUUAUUUUAAAUUCAAGGGAUAAAAUAAUUAAUAGAAGUGCAAUGAAUACGAGUAGCUCUUCGGAGUCUGAUUUGGAAGUACUGAAGUUUAUUUCUAAUAUGUCAGUACCCAGAAACUUAAGACGUAGGAGAAAUCCUUUCGAAAUGUUUACGGACGAAGAAUUCCAAUUGAGAUAUCGCUUUGAUAAGAACACUGUGAUACACCUAAGUGAUAUCAUCAGCUCUGCUCUAGCACCCAUUAUGCAUCGCAAAUAUACAUUGUCUGUGUUAGAACAAAUCUUCAUAGCAUUACGAUUUUAUGCUACCGGUACUUUUCAAAUAGUAAUUGGUGAUGACAUUAACGUUCACAAAACUACUGUUUCCAGAGUGGUAUAUAAAGUAAGCAAGGAAAUAGCAAAGCUAGCUUAGGAGUUACAUAAAUAUGCCAAACGUUGUAGACCUGAGAGAAGUAAAGGCACAAUUUUUUAAUAUUGCAAGAUUUCCAAAUGUAAUUGGUUGUGUAGAUGGAUCGCACAUACCUAUUCAAUCUCCUGGAGGUGAGCAAGCAGAACUAUUUAGAAAUAGAAAAGGUUUCUUUUCUAUUAAUGUACAAGUUGUAUGUGAUGCAAAGUUACAAAUUCGUGACAUAGAUGCCCGCUGGCAUGGAUCAACACAUGACAGUACAGUGUAUCAUAACUCAUUCCUCCGAGCACGCCUGAAUAACAAUGAGAUAGAUGGUCACCUGGAGACAGUGCAUAUCCUUGUGGAAAGUAUAUGAUGACACCAUUUUUAAACCCAGCUACAAAUGCAGAAAAACUCUACAAUGAAGCACAAAUUAAGACCAGAAACACAGUUGAAAGGACAUUUGGUGUAUGGAAAAGAAGAUUUACAUGCCUUUCUCAAAAAUUAAGGCUAAAAUUAGAUCACACAUUAGCUGUGAUUGUUGCAACAGCUGUGUUACAUAAUAUAGCUCUACAGCAAAAUGAUACUGUGGCGAUUGAUUCUGCUCCAGAAGAAAAUAUUGUUACAGAACUGAUUGAACAACCUCUUUCCUAUGAAGGAAACCAUGUUCGUCGGUUAUUGUUGGAGCAAUAUUUUAGUUAAACAAAUCUUCUUUUUUGGUGUGUGUGCCGGACGGGCGUAACUCUCCGGAGUAAAUGUUGUCGAAGAUACUCCGCGAGCCGCUCACGUCCUACACCUAUAGGUUCCGGUGGAUACUUUCACUACCGCCUUUGUAUAUGCUGUUGGAGAACUGUGGACUGAGGUUCAGAAUUAAAAAUGCACGAUUUAUAAAUUAAAAUAGCAAGGGAGUGGCCAGCGGUUCGACUGAUUAAUUAGUUACGAAAUAUUAUAACUUAUUUAUUUAUUUAACACUGUUUUUCAACUAUGAUUGUUCACUAUAUAUUUUAAAACACAGAUUUAAUUAAACACACAGUAAUAUUAAAAUUUCUAUUGGUUUUUUAAAAUUUCUAUUCGUAUUUUCAAAAUAUCUGUUGGUAAUAUCAAAUUUCUAUUGGCAGUAUCAAGUUUCUAUUGGUAUUUUCUACUAUUUCUAUUGGUAAUUUUAAAUAUCUAUUGAAAGUAACAAAUUUCUAUUGGUAGUAUCCAAAAUUUCUAUUGGUAGCAGCUGGUUUUCUAACACUACUGACUAGCAGCUAUUAAUCAACUAAAAUUAGUUGAAUUUAACACUUUUGUAACUGCGAAUAUCAGUUACCACUUUUUCCGUCUAGCUAACACUUUUCACUAUAUGUAACGGCGAAAUUUCCGUUACCACUUUAUUCGGCUAGCUAACACUUUUUCACUAUAUGUAACUGCGAAUAUCAGUUACCACUCUUUUUAGCUAGCUAACACUAUUUUACUAUAUGCAACUGAGAAUUUUUAGUUGCCACUUUUUUCGACUAUGUGUAACUGCGAUUUUUCAGUUACGACCUUUUUCGGCUAGCUAAACUUUUUCUAUUUCACUAUAACUUUUCACUGUGUUCUGCUACUAGUCACUUCAGCUACUACCGGAUACUACUGCUUGUUACUGGUAGUUCUUCCUACUACAAUGUUACUGUGAUUUGCCCCCAUAAGGUAGACUUCGGCUAUACUCUAUAGAGAGCCGCUUGCCAAUUUCCGGUUUUGCCCUUUUAUUAUCAAACAUUUUCAUUACGUAAUUUGCACAAAUCGCAAUUUUUCUAUAUAAUGCUAAUUUUUACAUUAACACGCUAUACACUUUAAAAUAGGCAUUUUGGUCCUUUAUCAUUAUGUGAUAAGGGUUACUUGAUAUAUUUACAUUCAAAAAAGUUAUUAAUCAAAAUGUACCUAAUUUACAUAACAAAAGUGCACAUUAAAUCUUUAAUUUUACUAUAUUUCUCAAAUGCGUUUAUUUACAUAAAUUAUCUAUUUACUUAUUUCAAUCUAUAUACCAUAUGCUAACUAAAUAUCGUAUUUACAAUUCUUUCAGAACAUAAAAAUAUUCUCAUUAUUUUCAUAUAAACUAUUGCGCAGUUAAUUAACUUCUAGAAAGUUCCACGAUAUGCUGCGCUGUGAUUGGUCGAAAUUUUAUUUAAUGUUUAAAGUCGUUUAUAUCAACUUAUUAUUAAAACGAUACUUUAUACAAAUAUAUUACGAGUUGUAAACAUACUGUAAAACUAUAUUAAAACACAAUUAGUUCGAUUUUGUCGCUAAUUUCACUUUUUAAAACACUUUAAUAUUCUUUAAUCACUUUUUGCUUAAAGUCUUUAAACCGUCGCGAACAGUGUGCUUUCAACAUCUUUCAGAAGAGGUGAAACUUUUCUUUUGCAACCUUCAACUUGUUGAGGACUUAAAAGGAUUUCAUGCACAGAAUCUUCUUUUGCACCCAAUACUAUGCAUUUGUCUUCAGAAGAACCCUGUGUAUUAUUUAAUAUAAUUGUGUUUCAACAAUAUCUGUAAUGAAUAAAUUGCAAAAAUCAGUCACUAUUGUGUAAUAUGUAAUUUAAGCUGAUGAUUGUACAGACAAGUUUGUAAUUUAACUACAGCACUAGAAAUUUUUGCAUGGGUACUUAAAACACAUUAAAUAAAUGAUUAUUUAAU